ACAGAGCUGGAGUUCCCUACGGUCCAGCUGGCUCAGCUUUGAUUCAGGCCCAGCUUUACUUCAAACAGAACCCCUGUAUCCUAAGUGGUGGUAUCCUACUUGAAAUGGAUUUCAGCCUUGGAAAAUCAUCAUGAAAAUGUAGCCAAAGUGUGAAAUCUAACCACCCCCCAUUACAUGAUGCCUGUAAGCAUGUAAAUGCUCACAGGCUUUUACCUGACAACAGCAAAAAGGUUAUGCCAGGGCAAUGUUGGACUCCGUAACACACAGCAUUUUUCUGCCAAACACAAUGGGCUGUGAACCCCUGAUGUCUUGGACAGAAUUGUUUGGGACAACUGAAGAUUAUUAUCCCACCGUCGACCAUCAGACAGGGUCUGACUUAUUUUGGACAUCCAUUCAUCCGGAAUACUGGAGCAAACAAAAUGUCUGUGACUGGCUGCAGUUUUGCUGUGACCAAUAUAAACUAGAUGCCAACUGUAUCUCCUUUUUCCACUUUAAUAUUAACGGCUUGCAGCUGUGCAGCAUGAGUCAAGAGGAGUUUGUAGAUGCUGCAGGCAUCUGUGGCGAAUACCUAUAUGUCAUCCUACAGAACAUCAGGAUGCAUGGCAUUUCUUUUUUUAAUGACAAUGAAGAAACAAAGCCGUCUAUUGGAGAUUACAAUGAUAAGACAUGCCUGAGUGCGGGUGGCAUCAAGAGUCAAGAAUGUCACAGUCAUGGUAGAACAAGCCUACAGAGUUCUCACCUGUGGGAAUUUGUAAGAGACCUGCUCCUGUCUCCUGAAGAAAACUCUGGUAUUCUUGAAUGGGAGGAUAGAGAACAAGGCAUUUUUCGGGUUGUUAAGUCAGAAGCGCUGGCAAAGAUGUGGGGGCAAAGGAAGAAAAAUGACAGAAUGACAUAUGAAAAACUGAGCAGAGCUCUCCGGUACUAUUAUAAAACUGGAAUUUUGGAACGAGUGGACAGAAGGCUAGUCUACAAGUUUGGAAAGAAUGCCCAUGGAUGGCAAGAGAACAAGCUAUGAAUUCCCCACACAGAGCAAACUACCUGUGCAACCCAAAGUGUUUGACAGGAACAGACACUUGAGAAAAGGACUUUUUCUCUUGCCUUUGUCCUCUCUGACAGGCUGAACUAAUGGGCGGUGGUCCAUUUCUAGGAGAGACAAGCCAGAGUACCAUUUUGACAGCACUAGAAUUUGGGGGCUUCUUCCCCACAACAUACCUUGUGGCCAACAUUAAACCUUAAGAAAAUAGCAUCUGUGAUGCUGUUCAAGAUUUUCUUAAAAGUAAUAGUUGUAUCUGUGAUAUCUGCCUCUGUGUCAAGAAUUGUUUUUGUCAUCAGCCAGCAGAUCUCCAAAUGAAAUUUUGUUUCUGUCACUCCCAUUUGGAGGAGGUUGGUUAGGAAUUUUUUCAUUCUAUUCUUAACUAUUUUGCAGAAUACAUAAGGCCUUUUUCCUACCUUUGGUUAGAAUUCUCCUAAUCAUUCAGACAUCAGCAUUUUGGCCAGGUUGCAUUUUCUAAAUGCCUAUCUUCAUUUCUGGUGCACCUACACAUGUAUUAACAUGCUUUAGUUAAUGUGCAUUAAAUCUAGUACCUCUGGGCAUUUUUACACUUACUCUGGGAUGCGGCACCAGGUGCUUUAAUUAGCGAGCCACGCUAAUUAAAAGUACCCACGUGUCACAUGUAUCGGAGUCCCUUUGCUGAAAAAUAGCAGCAGGGCACUUUGAACUAAAGCUCAUCAACCAUGUUUUAUUUCAAAGCAGCCCACCGCCAUUUUUUUCAGCAGGGGGAUGCUAAUACACAUGACAUGGAAGGCUGCUGGAGUGCAUCCAUUUCCGUGGUUCAACAGACUCGAUUAAUCGAGUCUGCUCCGAUGCAAAUCCAGCACGUCAGAGCAGGCUCCCCACACAUCCCUCCAUUGUGAGGUACUAAGAAAAUGUGCAUUAGCCUAUUUUAAUGCACAUCAACUAAAUAGCACUUUUUUUUGAGUGGCACCUUAAUGCACAUUAAAAUAGGCUAAUGCACAUUAAAGCACAUGGGUAGAAGUGCCUAAUUCUCAGGUCUGAUGGAUUCUUUCAUACUAGAUCUGGCCAGCUCAGUGUCCUCUAUAUCUUCAUAGAAGUAAUCUGCCUCACCAACUCUACUAUCAAGAAAUAAGAAAAAUAUACUGAUUUAAAUUUCUCAAUAUUUGAUUUCCUCCAUUACCUAUAAAUAUGACUUAUGCAAAUGUAUUCAUUCAUAUUAAGGGAGAUGAAUCUGUUAUUCUUUUCAUAAAAUUUGCUCAUUCUAUGAAAAGUUCAUGGCAACCAUUCAAUAUUUGUGCUAUGGUUAUUAAUGACCUUGGUAAUAUGGCUUUGAGUCUGGUAUUGACUGAAUAAAUGUAGCUCUUUUAUAGCAAGCACUUUUGGUACAUUAAUUCACUCAAGUGAAUUAAAAAUUUACUCUCCAUUUAAUAUUCAUACAUAGGAGAUUGAAUUCUGCUUUCAUUGAACCUUCCUGAAAAUGAAACUCAAUCAUUCCACUGUUUGGGAAAAUAAUCCUGAAGGGACAUAACCACUGCUGAAAUAAAUAAGUUUGAAGCUUGUGGAGGGUUGUAUACAGUGUAUAGCUGUAUGUAUCUACAUAUAUUGGUUAAGUUUUUCAAAGUAACCACAACAAUAUACCUAUACAUAUUUUAUUAAAACUAAUGUCAGGCGAAUUGCCCUCAACUAUGUGAAACCUCUCAGAUAAUGGGGACACCUGUUUGUGGAGGAGGUGGCAUAUCAGCACUCCAAGAACUCCAAUCAUUUAAAAGCUUCAUGGGUGCAUUAUAGUUUAACAACAAUAUGCCCUUUCCACCUGAAGGCUUAAGCAAACGUCCUCCUUCAUUUCUAAUGGUACUUAGGGGUGCAGUGGAAGUUCCUAUUUCAUUUUUAGAAGUGGGUCUGCUGUAUAUUUCUUUAUGGAACCUGAAUUUAAUGUUGUGCAUUAUCAGUCAUUGCCUUUUGCUACUUAGAACCUGUCUCUCUUGAACAUAAACAUUAUAGAUGCGCAGUGGAGAUUGUUCUUUUGUUGUUUCAUACAGAAACAACCUAUCAGUUGUCCUAUUAGUCGGGCAUUAUACAUAUCAGGACCCUGGGCAACUUAUGGAGAUACACUGUGGUUCUUGUUGACUUAGUAGGCAUUGGGUCAAACCCUAAGUCCAUAUAUCCCCCCUGUAUUAUGGAAAAUGAAACCCUAAGGUUCACAUACAAAUUCUUCUGCACUGUGGGUGUGUCUGCAUGUGUGCUUUAAUGCGCAUUAGCCUAUUUUAAUGUGCAUUAAAGCACCACAAAAAAGUGCUCUUUAGCUAAUGCACAUUAAAAUAGGCCAAUGCACCUUUUUCUAGUACCUCACAAUGGAGGUACUAGAUUUAAUGCGUAUUACCUGAAAUGCAUUCUGAGUGCCCUGUAUCCCCCUGAUUUCUGUGACUGCUGUUAUUCCAAGUAUUUUAGUUUUCAUCUCUUUAACAACUAUGGAAGCUCUGAGUGAAUUUUAACCCUUUCAGCAGGACAAAUAGGGUAGGAAACCUGUGGCAUCAAGCCACAAAAAUCUGGCUGGCAGUUUUUGCAAUUGCCCAUUGCUUAGGACAUAAGACCAACUUCAAAGAAACAGAGAAGAAUGACUGUCAUGUUCAGGACCAUGAUGAGGGCACAAUAUUCACAUACCACACCUCCCUCCCUAUUUUACAACAAAAAGGCACACAAGACUGAACAUUUUUUUAAAUGCUUUUUGCUAAAUUUUACAAAUGUUGCAUAUCACCCAAAUACGUUAUGUUCUGACUUCCCAACCAAUGAUAAUUAAAACAGAGCCCUCUAAACCUUCACAAGCAGUAGAAACUUCCCUGGUAUUUUCUGGUCUGAUACUGUUAAAUCAUCACUGGUGGAUUCUACUCAGAUGCACUGUUCAAUGCUCAUUUUCACUGAACUAGUAUGGGCAAAGAAAAGGCAAUGAAUCAAGAGGCACUGAGCUGCAUUACAGAGAAAGAAGUGAAGAUAUGAAGUUUUACUGAUCGUGAGUGUUUUAAAUCUGAAUGACUAAGAUAUGUAUUUUUUGGAUUUGUAUAUUUCCCAACCACUUGCAGUUUGUAAACAGUGUGAAUGAAGUAUUUAAUGUGUAA